AUGACACCGGAGAAACUUCUUUCAAUUUUGAUAAUAAUUUUCCUUUUCAAAAGGGUAUACUCUGUGCUUAAUCGUGAUAAAUAUGGAGAAGUGAAAGUUCGAAACUUUGUCAAAAGCGCAGAAGGAAAAGUCUUCUCGAAAAGUGGAAGCCUCUUGUCCAACCAAACAACCAAAAGCACCAAGGAAUGCUGCUUCAAGUGCGUACAAAAAAAGGAAUGCUUGUCGGUGAAUACCAUUGCUUUGGAUCAAUCGCGAUUUCAAUGUGAGCUUCUUAACUGGACAGGGACGGGAUUUGAGGAACAUCUCGUACCAAAACCCAACUCAAAGUUUAUGCAGGUGAAGACUGCGUGUUCAGCAAACCCUUGUCAAAAUGGCGGACAAUGCACCAUAAAAGAUGGAGGGACUAACUACACCUGCACUUGUACACUCGAUAAUUCCCAUGGACGGAAUUGUGAGCAUAAAAAAUGCGCACUGUUUGAUUUUGAGACUGGACGACUUGAUGGCUGGACUUUGACAGGAACAGCAUUCAACAAUCAGCCAACCUACGGGGAUAACACCCAAGCUCGAGGUUACCCUUCAUCGAACCUAAAAGGAAACUGGUCCAUAGGAACAUAUGAAGACAGACCCAGUCCCUCUCAUCCACCAAAUGCUCAAGGUAUUCUUCCUCAAGGCACCGCAACCUCACCACCAUUUCUAAUCCAAGGAGCUAAGCUGACGUUUCUGAUUGGUGGAGGUUCUGACAUUAAUGUCGUACGCCUAGAGCUGCUGAUUGGUGGAGUGGUGGUUGCCAAGGCAGUGAGUUCACAGAACGUUGAGACCAUGGAGCAACAAGAGAUCGAUACGUCGUCUCUCAGAGGCCAGGUAGCUCAGGUUCGAAUUGUUGACAAAUCCUCUUGGCUUUGGGGUGUUAUCUACGUCGACCACAUCCAGGACAGUUGCACAUAGAGUUACAUGUAGCGGGUAUAAAACGGUGUGACCAGCAAGCAUGCAAUCGUAUUCUACGUAUUUAAUGUAAAUUUAAUAACAAGCACCCUUUAGGCAAUAUUAUACCUAAAGCUAAGACUAAAGUGCAAUCCACAUAAGUGUGAAACAAUCCUUAACUAAUUAGCACCUAAUGUACUAGUCAACUGAAACCCCGCCCCCGACCCUCGGGGAAUACCGGGGAAUUUAACAUUUGAGUGGUGUUAAAAUAAGACAAUUCCCCUGGUAGUCGGCACAUUCAUUGUUAAAAUCCCAGUUACUGAUGACCCACUAUUUUGAUCUAGUAGUUAAUAACAAAACAAACACCUUUCAAUCAAAUUUUCUUUGAUACACAGGGUUAAUUUUUGUAUUAUCCUGUGUACUACAUGAGGCUAACUGGACGAAGAAACAUGUGUAACAAGUUUCUUUAAAAUUUUUUUCAUGCACUGAAAAAUAAACAGAUAAAA